AUGGAAGACGGCCCAAGCGAUAAGGAUAACGUUAAAGUUGUCCUCAGGGUAAGACCCAUGAACGAAAGGGAGCGAGCUACCUGAUCUAAAAAAUGUUGUGUUGUCUUAGAUAAGGAUAAAGUGUUGCUAGAUGCAAAACCGGAAAACAAAACCUUUAGCUAUGAUUUCGUAGCAGACGAGGAUAUUACGCAAGAGGAUAUUUUCCACAAGAUUGCUGAACCAAUACUUAACUCAUGUCUUGAAGGAUACAAUGCAACUAUAUUCGCUUAUGGACAGACAGGCUCUGGUAAAACAUACACUAUCCAGGGACCCGGAUUCGAUGAUGUCUGUCUAACGGAACAAGAUGAAGCAGAUCGAGGAAUUCUCUCCCGCUCCUUCGAGUAUUUAUUUAAUAAGCUUGAGAAGAUGUCAGUCAGUGAAGAAGAGGACUGAAAGGUAGAAUACCUUAUUAGAGCUUCAUAUCUCGAAAUUUACAAUGAGCAAAUCAUGGAUCUCAUGGAUCCCACCUCUCAAAAUCUUCAAAUUAGAGAAGACAUUAAAAAGGGAGUCUAUGUAGAAGGACUUAUUGAGGAAGUUAGUAGCUCAGCAACUGAAAUGUUAGAGAUAAUAAAAAAGGGAUCAAUGAGGAGACACACAGGUUCCACCAACAUGAAUAAAGAAAGUUCCAGAUCACAUUCUGUCCUGUCAACAACAAUAGAAAGUAAGAUAAUGAAGAAUGGGCUUUUCAAUGUGAAAUAUUCAAAGUUCAACUUAAUCGACCUCGCUGGGUCAGAAAGAGCCAAGAGUACAGAUGCUGGGGGAUCAAGAUUAAAAGAAGCAGGAAUGAUCAAUAAAUCACUAUCAGCGUUAGGAAAUGUAAUCAACUCUCUUGUUGAGGUUGGACAAGGAAAGUCUAGACAUGUUCAUUACAGGGACUCGAAACUGACCUUCCUUCUGAGAGAUUCACUUGGUGGAAAUUCCAAAACAUUAAUGAUUGCGAAUAUUUCUCCAGCUUCUGACUCUUUCGGUGAAACUCUUUCAACUCUGAAGUUUGCGCAACGGGCAAAACUGAUUAAGAACAAAGCCAUAAUUAAUGAGGAUUCCUCAGGAACGGUUGCUAUCUUAAAAGAUGAGAUCAAAAGGCUCAAGCUUGAAAUUACAAAGAUCAAGGUUAAAAAAAAUAAAGAAAAUUUCAUAUGCCCCAAUUGAUCCAACCAAUGAAAUUCAGUGAUAGAAGAUGAUCUCACUAAAUUUGAUGAAGACAGUAUUCUAGCAGAUCUUGAUGAGGAAAGUGCAGAAUCACCAGAAAAGGAGCCUCCCAAAAAAGAGAGAAUUGACCAACUAGAAGGUCUCCUCAAGCAGAAUUUGAAUCAGCUCACUCAAAUGCAGGAUUUCUACGACAAAGAAGUCAGUGAUAAAGAGCUCCUCAUCAAACGGUAUAAAAAGGCAGUUGAUAACUACGAAAAACAGAAUGCUCGUGAUAACAUGAUUAUCAAGUUUAGAGAUUCAGCCAUCAACAGGUUUGGCAAACUUAAGGACAAGAUUGGUGACAAAGAACUCGCGGAACAAUUUACAGAAUUUGAACAAGAAAUAAAACUCCUUAAAGACCAAAUGAAAGAAAACCCCAAACUUGCAGCAGCUCAUGCAGAAGUUGAAGAACUUAAAAUCGAAAAUGCUAAACUUCGCCAAGAAUCAGGCUCGAGUGAGCAAAGUUACUGCAGUUUGUACAAGUCCAAUCUUGAAUUCCUCAAUGAAUUGAAAGACUACAUUGAUCUCAACGAAGAUGAGCGCCAAGAAAGAGUUAAAUCUGAAACCGUUGAAUUCACUAAGGAAAUCGAAGAGCUUAAAGCCAAACUUCAGGAAACUGAGAGCCAGACUGAAGGCUACAGAGAGCUACUCUCUACAACCCAAUCUGAAAAUGAUAGCAAGCUCAAAUCCCUCGAAGGUGAGCUAACCAAAAUGAAGGAGGAAAUCCAGGUUCAAAAAGAGAAGGAGAUUCUCGAACUUAAAGAGAAAUUAGUCAAAGAAGAGCAAGAAAAGAACGAAAUCAACGCCAAGCACCAAGACCUCUUCCUCCAGAAAAUGAAAUCUGAGUCUGAAAGAGAGAGCCUUAUUUCAGAGAAGAACCUCCUAUUCGAAGAGAAGCACUCUUUGUUAGACCUCAAGAACUCCAUCGAGAACGAAAAGAACACUAUUAUUGCAGAAAAGAGGAACAUUGAGAAUGAAAAAAUGAAUAUAGAGAACCUUUUCACUCAGAUGAAGGAGCAAUACACUCAGAAAGAAAAUGAAUUCAUCAAGAAGAUUGAUAAGCUCAAAGCUGAAAUCGAAGAGUUCCAGUCAAAAGUUACAAUGAUGCAAAAUUCACUCGACCUUAAUAAGGACAAAAUAGAAUUCUUAGAAAAGAUUAAAGUCGAGAAGGAAGCAUUAGCAAAAGAAACAAAACAACAAAAAGAAGAGAUAGACACUCUAAAUGCUGACAUGAGGAAGUAUGAGAAGGAUAAUAUGGCUAUGUCUGAUGAGGUUAGUGAUCUUUCCAACCAUCUUAGCAACGCCAAAAAUACCAUCGCCUCCCUCGAAGAAGAACUCGACACCAGCGAAAGCCAGCACAAAUACAGCCUUGCCGAGCUCCAGACCAAGGCAGACCAGAUCAAGGCUGAACAUGAAGAAACCAGAGCCGAACUGAAGAAGACGAAGCAGCAGCUGGAGAGUGAACAGGAGAGGACGGAGAAUUUGAAGAAGCAGUUUGAAGAUGAGUCUAAUAAGAAGACCAACACAGUUGACCUCCUCAUGGACGAGAAACGCGACCUUGAAACCAAAAGUUCUGAUCUCUUGGAUAGUAUCUCCAAGCUAAACGAUGAGAUAUUGAAUCUGAAUGACAAAAUUGAAGAUCUAACUCACUCUAACGAGGAAAAUCUUAUCCAAAUUCAGCUAAAAACCACUCAAUUAACUGAAUAUGAAAAAGAGAUAGAAGACUUAAUGAAAUCUCGUGAUGAAUUCCAAAACCAAUAUAUCAGUAUUCUUAAUAAGAACGAGAGCUCUGAGAGAGAAGUUGAAGACUUUAACAAGAAAUUGAGAGAGCUGAAAAAGUUAAAUGAAAGCAAGCAGACUCAGAUUCAGAGUCUCAAGAGCGAGGCCAGCCAGAAUGCAAUAGAGAUUACCACUCUCAACGAGGUUAUUGAGAAGCUCAAGGCAGAUAAGGCUAAGGAACGAGUAAAAAAUAUAAAUUUGAGCAAAGAACUUAAUGACAUCAAGGCUAACUCAGAGAGCUUGCUGAAGAACCUGAGUGAAGAGAAAAAGAUGAGGGAACUCGCAUUCAAGGAAAAAGAAGACAAGGAAAAUGAGCUUAAAUAAACCAAGACAGAUCUCAACGGAUGAAUUCCUCAAGCAUCCAGGCACCAAGAAGCUUUGUAACGCUGUUAAAUCGUUGGUGCAUGAUAUUGAGGAGCAAUCAAGCAAUGCUAAUAACAUCACAACCCAGAAUAAGAUAAAAUAUCUCCAAAAGAUUAAAGAAGAGAACAACUUCCUGAAGAAGGAGCUUGUCUCCCUCUUCAAGGAGAACCGGAGACUCUCUGAAGCCAAAGGUGACGACGAGUCGCAUUCUAAAAAUAUAAAGUUGUUAGAGUCUCAGUUGAAGAAGGUGAAUGGAAAACUUGAAGCUAAGCACAAAGAGAUGAAGCUCACCAUAAAAAAUGUGAAUAAAAUGUGUGACUAUAUCCUCUCUCGUCCUUUAGUACCACAAGAGAUGAGAGAGUGCUCCAACGAUAACCUCAAAAUCAAGCAAGCCAUACAAGCUGUUGGCUAUAUGAGCAAGUACAUAACAGAGAAGGAUAAAGAGAUGACGGAUAUCAGGAACAAGGGGUCUAAACUUGAGGAGUUGCUGAAGGCAUCCAAUGAAGAAAGGAACUACCUCAGAGCAAAGGUUGACUCUUUAAUCCCCAGUAAAACCUAAAUAAUAUAUCCUAAGUACCUC